AUGUCCGAAGCGUCUAAGGGGACUGCACUGAAAAAAGAUAGACAACGCUGUCAUCAGGCAUCGCGAUCUUGUCGAGACUUGCUGCGAGAAUUUGAAAGAGCCUGUCCGGCUUCGUGGGUGUCCCAUUUCAUAAGAAAACACAACUUCCAGCGCUACAAACACAAGCUCAUUGAAGAAGGCAUCAAUAUAGCUGAUAAGAAUGCUCUCGGUGACGACAAAGUUUAG